AUGAUAUUCCGAUCGACCAUAAGUUGCGUGGACUCGACCGUAUCACGUGACAGCGAGACCGACGUGGUAACAGAGACGGCUUCAAUCUCUGAAGUCGAAACCAUGCCGCGCUCCAACUUCACAGCAGUAUUUAACGGUAUAAAUCUGCAUAUUAAAGCCCUCGAGUUGCCUUCUGUAACACUGAAAGCCAAGACGAUCGAACAUUUGCGGGUGCUUCGUGACAUUCGGCAUGAGAAUCUUAACUUGUUUAUUGGCUGUUACCUGGAUGCUGACUCCUUCAGUGUGGUAUAUGAAGAAUGCAGUCGUGGAAGCCUCAUGUCUGUGUUGGCGACUGAAGCCAUCAACUUGGAUUGGGAAUUCAAGCUCUCGCUCAUCACCGACUUGAUAAGGACUGAGGAGUGUUAA